UUUCCUGCAGCCGCGGCGCCGCCAGCUGAGCCCCCAGCUCCCGCACGAAGCCCCCCAGUGCCCACACCAUGAAGGAGGAGGCCUUCCUCGGGCGCCGCUUCUCCCUGUGUCCGCCUUCGUCCACCCCGCAGAAAGCCGACCCCCGGAAGCUGUCCCGGACCCUGCUGCUCGGCGGAGAGAACGACCUCUGCCCUCUCAGCCCAGGGAAGGACGCGGAGCCCGUCAGUCCAUCGCCCAGGGACGAAGCCCCCUCGACUCCCAGCUCUGCCACCAAGGUGCCGCCGGCCGAGUACAGGCUGUGCAACGGGUCCGACAAGGAAUGCGUGUCCCCAACCGCCAAGGUCACCAAGAAGGAGACGCUCAAGGCGCAGAAGGAGAGCUACCGGCAGGAGAAGAAGCGCGCCACCAAGCAGCUGUUCAGCGCCCUGACCGACCCCAGCGUGGUCAUCAUGGCCGACAGCCUGAAGAUCCGCGGCACCCUGAAGAGCUGGACCAAGCUGUGGUGCGUGCUGAAGCCGGGGGUGCUGCUCAUCUACAAGACGCCGGCGGUGGGCCAGUGGGUGGGCACGGUGCUGCUGCACUGCUGCCAGCUCAUCGAGCGGCCCUCCAAGAAGGACGGCUUCUGCUUCAAGCUCUUCCACCCGCUCGACCAGUCCGUCUGGGCCGUGAAGGGCCCCAAGGGGGAGAGUGUGGGAUCCAUCACGCAGCCCCUUCCCAGCAGCUACCUGAUCUUCAGGGCCGCCUCCGAGUCAGACGGUCGCUGCUGGCUGGACGCUCUGGAGCUGGCCCUGCGCUGCUCCAGCCUCCUGCGCCUCAGCACCUGCAGGCAGGGCCGUGACGGGGAGCCAGGGUCCUCGCCCGACGCGUCGCCCUCCUCGCUGUGCGGGCUGCCCCCCUCGGCCACCCUCCACGCCGACCAGGACCUGUUCCCACUGACCGGGUCCUCCAUGGAGAACGACGCCUUCUCGGACAAGUCGGAGAGAGAGAACGCCGAGGAGUCGGACGCCGAGCCCCAGGAGCACGGCCGCAGGGCAGGGAGCGGCAGCGACCAGUCGGAGGCCACGGGGGGCCCGGGGCCCGGCGGGACCACGUACGUGGAGCAGGCGCACGAGGAGCUGGGGCAGCUGGGCGAGGCGUCCCAGGUGGAGACGGUGUCCGAGGAGAACAAGAGCCUGCUGUGGGUGCUGCUGAGGCAGCUGCGGCCCGGCAUGGACCUGUCCCGCGUGGUGCUGCCCACCUUCGUCCUGGAGCCCCGCUCCUUCCUGGACAAGCUCUCGGACUACUACUACCACGCCGACCUGCUCUCCAGGGCGGCCCGCGAGGAAGACGCCUGCCGCCGCAUGCAGCUCGUGCUGCGCUGGUACCUGUCAGGCUUCUACAAGAAGCCCAAGGGGAUCAAGAAGCCCUACAACCCCAUUCUGGGGGAGACCUUCCGCUGCUGCUGGUUCCACCCCCAGACAGACAGCCACACCUUCUACAUCGCGGAGCAGGUGUCCCACCACCCGCCGGUGUCCGCCUUCCACGUCAGCAACCGGAAGGACGGCUUCUGCAUCAGCGGCAGCGUCACAGCCAAGUCCCGCUUCUACGGGAACUCGCUGUCGGCGCUGCUGGACGGCAAGGCCACGCUCACCUUCCCGGGCCUCGGGGAGGAGUACUCGCUCACCAUGCCCUACGCCCACUGCAAAGGGAUCCUGUACGGCACGAUGACCAUGGAGCUGGGCGGCACCGUGACCAUCGAAUGCCGGAAGAGCAGCCUCCAGGCAGAGCUGGAGUUCAAGCUCAAGCCCUUCUUUGGGGGCAGCACCAGCAUCAACCAGAUCUCGGGCAAGAUCACGUCGGGGGAGGAGGUACUGGCGCGGCUCUCGGGACACUGGGACAGGGAAGUGUUUAUCAGGGAGGAGGGGCAAGCCAGCAGCCAGCUCUUCUGGAACCCCGGCGGGGAGGCCCGCGGGCAGAGGCUGAAGCGGAGCACGGUGCUGUUGGAGGAGCAGACGGAGCUGGAGUCCGAGAGGCUCUGGCAGCACGUGACCAAGGCCAUCGGCGAGGGCGACCAGGACAGGGCCACGCAGGAGAAGUUCGCUCUGGAGGAGGCGCAGCGGCUGCGGGCCCGCCAGCGCCAGCAGACCCUCACGCCCUGGGCGCCGCGGCUCUUCCGCCUGGACCCCGCGGCCCAGGAGUGGCGCUACCUGCACGAGAACCACAGUCCCUGGGACCCCCGGAAGGACAUCGCCCAGUUCGAGCAGGACGGGGUCCUGCACACCCUGCAGCGGGAGGCCGCGGGCCGGCCCCGGCGCCAGGGGCCUGGUCCCCGCCGGCAGCUCCGCAAGGCCAGUGACCAGCCCUCGGGCCACAGCCAGGUCACCGAGAGCAGCGGCUCCACGCCCGACUCCUGCCCAGAGCUGUCUGAGGAUGAGGACGGGGACUUCCCUCCUGGGAGCGAGAGACGGUGCCCCCGGUGCGGGAAGGAGGAGCAGCGGCUGCGGGCACUGCACGAGGCCAUCCUGUCCAUCAGGGAGGCCCAGCAGGAGCUGCACAGGCACCUCACGGCCAUGCUGAGCUGCACGGUCAGGGCCAGGCCGGUGCCGGCCUCGGGACUCCUGCACAGCCCCCGCUCCUGGUUCCUGCUCUGCGUGUUCCUGGCAUGCCAGCUGCUCACCAGCUACAUCCUCAAGUAGGAGCCCUUCCGAGGGCCGUGGGACGUCGCCUGACACUCACCGGCCCAGCCCUCCCCCAGGCACCCAGCACUUUCAGCGCCCACGGAGCAGAGGCCCGCCAGGCCUCGGGGGACAGAGGGGCCCACAGUGGCAGGCAGGAGGCCAGCAGGGGGUGCCUAGGGCCCCAGGUCCUCUGGGGAGGCACCUCUUCUCCUGCUGACCCUCCCCCAGCACCGGCCUUAAUGCUCAAGCCAAAUGCCCUGUGUCCCGCAGCACACCCUGCCCAGCUGUGCCCGGCUGCGCCCGGCUGCUUCACUGCCCGCAGCAUGGAAGGAGCAGGGGUGGGAAGCGCUGGGGGCUCCGGAGAUGGGGUGCUCUGCGGACGCUGGCUUCACUCUGCCUCGUGCUGUCUGGACGGGAGCCCGGGCCACCCACCCUCUUCCCACACCCUGGAGCCGGGGUGGCCCGGCCAAGGGGUGCGCAGGGGCUCAGCGGCUGCACCCUGGCCUGGAGAGAGGCCCCAGCCCAGCACUUUGCUCAGACUGAUGGCGCUCUGUCUGUUUUACACUUUUGUAAUAAACACAAC